CCUCAUUCAAACCUUAAGACUGACUGAUAAGACUGUUAAAAAGAAAGAGAGAGAUGGCAUGUUCUCCUUCUAGCAUUCUUUGUUUGGCAACCCUAGUGAUCGCCGGAAUCUUAUUUUCCGGCGAGCAAUCUGUAGUGAUGGCACAGAGAAAAUGCAGAGGUGAUGUUCAGGGACUAAUGAAGCAAUGCAUGCAAUUUGUAGAGAAGGGUGGGCCACUGAGGGAUCCAUCACAGAGCUGUUGUGCUGUUUUGAAGAACUCCGAUGUCACCUGUAUGUGUGGUAUAAUCCCUCCCCGGAUAUUGCCGAAGAUCAGCAGUGCCAAAGUGGCUCAUGCUGCAUAUUUCUGUGGCAAUCCCAUUCCUGCUGGAGUUAAAUGUGGAAGUUAGACAGGUCUCAAGGCAUGAAGUUGAGAGAAGAGAGAUGGAGGAAUUAAUAAAGCCAAAUAAUGUGGCAUGUUAUAAAAAUAAAUUUUACUUAUUGCAAUAUUUACACUACUAGUUCUGAUCUAUAUUGUAUGGAUGGUCACUCAUGACUUACACCAUCUUCCCCUACCUAAAUAUAGUUACUGAUCUAAGAAAUUAAAAUGUCUGUCUUUGUAUUA